AGAACUGGCUCCCCGCGAAGAAUUUUUUUCCCAGGGCCCCCCAGCGACAGCGACAGCGAGCUAAAGAUCGUAGAAGACUAAUUUAAGUUUUCCACUAAUAUAUUUGACAGGCCUUAGUUCAAUAGAUCAAUAGAUAUUGUAAGAAUAAGUAGAAUAAAUAUAGUCUAUUGAACACAGAAUGUACAAAUUCAACGGGGUGCUAGACGCAGCCUUAAUUGGAUUAAUUUCAUUUUAUUUGGUUUUAUCUCCAUUCACUAAAGUUGAAGAAUCGUUUAAUUUGCAGGCCAUUCACGAUAUCAUCAAUUAUGGAAUAUUUCCUCAACAAGUUAUUGAAGAUAAUUAUGAUCAUAUUAAUUUCCCAGGAGCUGUACCAAGAACUUUUGUUGGAAGUUUAAUAAUUGCUGUUUUAGCAAAAGGUUUGAAUUUUAUAACUUCAAUAUUUGGUUAUAAUUUAUUAGAACAAUCUAGUGAAAUUAAUUUACAAUUAAUAGUUCGAGCAAUUUUAGGAUUAAUUAAUGCGUAUCUGUUAAUUCAUUUAAGAAAUACCGCUAAUAAAAUUGUUUUCUCAGACAAGAAAAGUAAAAUUAAGGGGACAUUAGGAUUUUGGUUUUCAUUAUUAUUAUUAAGUCAAUUUCAUAUUUUAUAUUAUGCAUCAAGAACUAUUCCAAAUUUUAUUGCUUUACCAAUUGUAAAUUUUGCGGUGAGUAAACUUUUGAGGGGUGAUGUUUCUGGUUUAACAUGGUUAGCAUUUACCGCGGUAGUCUUUAGAAUUGAAGUUGGAUUAUUUGCUGUUAUAAUUGCUUUAGUAUCUUCAUUAAUAUUUGGUCAAUCAAAUAUAAUUGUUAAUAUAGCAAUGUUAGCUUCUGGAACAAUUAUUGGAUCAUUUCUUUCAUUAGCAGUUGAUUCAUAUUUUUGGCAACAAAUUAUUCUUCCAGAAUUAUCAUCAUUUAAAUUUAAUGUCCUAUUAAAUAAAUCAGUUGAAUGGGGGGUUGAACCAUGGUCAGCAUAUUUUUCAAAAUAUAUUUGGAAUUUAUUUAGACCUCCAGUUAUUCUUUUACUUUUACUUCCAGGAUUAAUUAAUGAUCCAGCUGAUGAUGGUAAACCAAUUAUUAAAUCCGAUGAUGAUAAUGAUAAAGAUAAAAAGGGAGAUAUAAAAAUUAUAACUCAUCCUGCUAGAAAUUCUCUUCGAAUUCUUUUUAUUUCUUCAAUAUUAUAUAUUGUUGUAUUGUCAUUUCAAGCUCAUAAAGAAUGGAGAUUUAUAACUUAUGUUAUUCCAAUUUUUACUCUUCAAGCUGCUAAUGGUAUUUCAUCGAUUGCUACUAAAUGGUCUAUAAGUUUUUCAAGUAAAUUCUUAGUUAUUAUUGCAAUUGCAAAUAUUGGUGUUGCAUUAAUUCUUUCAUUAUUAAUGGGAUUUUUUUCAAGUUUUAAUUAUCCUGGUGCCGAUGCAUUAUUAUUUACUAAUAAUUAUAUUCAAUCUAAUUAUCAAGAUAAAGAUGUAUUGGUUCAUUUAGAUGUACCAGCAUGUAUGACUGGUAUUACUAGAUUUGGUGAAUUAAAUUCUAAUCAUGUUAAAUAUGAUAAAACUGAAACUGAAGCUGAAUUAAAUCAAAUUUGGAAUCAAUUUGAUUUAAUUAUUGUAGAAGAUUUAAAUUCAGUUUCUCAAGUUUCAUUUGCUAGUGGUGCUUGGGAAUUAAUUCAUACAUCUCAAUUGUUUUCUACAGUAACUCUUGGUCCAUUAGUUGAAUUGGCAGUAGUAGAAAAGGAUAAUUUAAUUAAAUUACCCUUAAAAUUCUUAACUGGUGAAUAUAGUAUUAUUGAUUUAUUACAAUCUAUGGUAGUCAAAAAGGAUUUCUUAUAUGUUUAUAAGAAAAUAUCUCAUGAAUCUACCAUUGAGGAUCAUGAUACUGCAAUCGAUCAAAUUGAAGAAGUUGAUGGAGAUGCUGUAAUUGAGGAUGUCAAUGAACAAUUUGAUUCUAUUAUUGAAGAGAUUGUCAGUCAUUCUCAUGACAAUUAACUGGUACUUGUAUAAACUAAACUAAAUUAAACUAAAUUAAAGUAAAUUAAAUUAAAUUAAAUUACAUUAAAUUAUCCUAUCUUAUAUUACAUAACUAAUACAUUAAUUAUUACCUAUC